UCUCUCUCUCCCCCUUUAUGUUGCUUUAGUUUUUUCUCAUCUUCUUCAUUGUUCCACUCAAUACUGUCGGUGGAAGUCCCAACAUCCCACGUUUCAUUUUAAUUCACACUUCCCCUGAUUUCAUCUCUCUGAAAUUUAGGAGUUCAAAGAGUUUUUUCUUUUGUCCUUUUGGUUUUAUCCUUUGAUGAUCCAUUCAUUGUUGGAAACUACCACUCCAUUCAUCAUCAAAGAUGUUUUAACUUUAGAAAUAUUUGAAUUAUUGAAACUGGGAUUGGUGAAACAAUGGACCAAAAAAUCUGGCUAUGGAGGAAAAAAUCUACAGAGAAGACCAGUCUUUCUACUGACAAACAAAACAUUUCCCAGAAUGACAACGGAGAAGAGACUCUUGUGACUGAUAAAAGAGAACUAGAGAAUGAGCUAAAUAAAUUAAAUCACAAGCUCGCCUCUGCACUUUCCGACUGUAGUUACAAAGAUGAACUUGUGAAGAAACAUGAAAAUACGACACUGCAAGCUACUGCAGGAAGGGAGAAGGCGGAAUCGAUAGCAGCUUCUUUAACGCAAGAACUAGAUGAAGCUUUGCAGCUGAGAGUUGCAAGUGAAGAAAGGGUGACCCAUUUAGAUGCAGCUCUCAAGGAAUGCAUGCGGCAGCUGCGGUUUGUUCGACAAGAGCAGGAGCAAAGGAUUCACGAAGCUGUGAUGAAUGCCUCAAAAGAUUUUGAGAAUUCAAAGAAGAAUUUGGAGGAGCAGUUGGCUGAGACUAGGAAAAGGGUUACCAAAUUAGGUGUUGAGAAUACUAAUAUUAGCAAGGCUCUCUUGGCGAAGGAAAACGUUAUUGAUGAUUUAAACAAGCAAAGGGCUCGGAUCGAGACUGAUUUGAGUGCACUAUUGAAAAGAUUAGAGUCCACAGAGAAAGAUAAUGCUGCUUUGAAAUAUGAGGUUCGAGUGCUUGAGAAAGAACUUGAGAUCUGGAAUGAAGAAAGAGAAUUCAAUCGCCGAACAGCAGAAGCAUCACACAAGCAACAUUUAGAAAGUGUGAAGAAAAUAGCUAAGCUCGAAUCAGAAUGUCAACGGCUGCAUGUCCUAGUCUGUAAAUGGUUGCCAGGUCCUGAUGCUUUGGCUAAGAUGAAAAACGAAGUUGGGAUGCUGGGAAAGGGCUCAAUUGAAAUGAGGAGAAAAUUAAAUCAAAGUCCUACCAGUCUAGGGGUUGAUUUCACAUUUGACAAUUAUUCGGACAGCCCAAGCAAGAGGGUUAAUACCCUAACUAAGCAGUUGUGUGCAAUUGAAGAAGAAAAUAUGGCUCUCAAGGAAGCCCUUAAUAACAAAACCAGUGAACUUCAAUUCUCAAGAGCCAUGUAUGCCCGUGCUGCUUCCAAAUUAUCGGAGGUUGAAUCACGGCUUGAAGAAUCCUCCAAAAGUCUGUCGAACAAUGAGUCGACCAGGAACAGCAUCUUGUUGUCAUCAAUGUCUGAUGUUGGCAUAGAUGAUAAAGCUAGCUGUGCAGAAUCCUGGGCUUCUGCUUUAAUUUCAGAGCUUGGGCAUUUCAGGAAUGAAAAAAUAAGGAAGUCGUCGUCAUGCAAAACUGUUGCGUCCUCGGAAAUAAAUCUGAUGUAUGAUUUUGUUGAGAUGGAGAAAUUAGCUUUAGUCUCAGUUGAUGAACUGCCGGGAAGUUCUCAUGUUUAUUCAGGUGAAGCUAGUGGGACCCUGGGACCGUUACAAACUGGACUGAAUGGAAAUGCCUUGGAGGUAAUGUGUAAGGAGAUGGUCCUUGUUCCUGACAAUCAGGAUGACCAUAGCAUGUUGAACAAUGAAAUGAAGUCCAAAAGUCCGUUGGUUAGCAAAGUUCCUGGUCCACUUCAGGAUAUACCAAAAGCGAACUUGGAGCAAACCAAUGCAACUCAAAGAAACACGGAUGAAAUUCUUGAGGAUAUUAGAAGAGGUUUGGCUUGCAUGGGCUAUCCGAACGCUGCUGAAUCUUUUGACGAAAAGGAGGGUUUGGACCGUCAUAAUUCCUAUGAUCCAUCUUGUAUUAGCAGCUACAUGUCAUGGAAACCAUUGAAUGGUUCUUCAAUAUCGGAUUCAUGUAAUGAGGAUGCUGAUGUUAACAUUUGCUCAGAAGAGGCGAGCAACCAGCUGUUGCAUCCUGAUUUGAAUAAAUCAAUUUGCAGGAUAAUUGAGCUUAUCGAAGGGAUCAGCUUACCACCACCAGAAUAUAAUAUCCCUGAUAAGAAUUCUUUCCCAUAUAAGCACACGGAAACACCUUCAGGCUAUGUGUUUCGUGUUUUCCAAUGGAAAACUUCUGAAAUCGGUGCUGUUUUACAGGAAUUUGUGCAGGCUUGUUAUGACUUAUUGAAUGGAAAGACAGACAUCAUCAAAUUUACCCAAGAAUUAACUUCGGGUUUGGACUGGAUCAUUAACCAUUGCUUUUCUUUUCAAGAUGUUUGGAGCAUGAGGGAUGCAAUUAAGAAUCACUUUGACUGGGAUGAAUCUGAAAGCGAUAGUGAAGUGGAAGGUGUAAUAGUUGAUCAAUUUACACAGCCCGGAAAAUUCAACAUUGCUGCUCUGUAUGACAAUGAAGAGCUUAAUAUGAGAGAGGAAAAAAUAAAAGCAAGAUAUGAGUUGGUUAACGAAGAAGCCACAAAGCAACACCUCGAAGAUAAGCUACAGUCAACUAUGAAUAGGAGCAACUCGCUGAUAAAUCAACUUGAGGAAUCUGAGAAAGCCAUUGAAAAGUUGCAGGUGGAGUUGGAUACAUUGAGAAAAGCUGAGGAAAUGGUUGAAGUGAAAGUUGAAAAACAGAUAUGGACUAAUGAAAUCUAUGAUAACCCGCUUUGCUUGACCAAAUAUAAAAUAGAUGAAGAUUGUCAAAAUUUUCCUUCAGAAGACCUGGAACCAAAGAUUAAUAAUAGCUGCCAUGAAAAAUUCGAGACCACGGGCCUAGACACCGUGACAGAAAAGGAGCUACCAAAGCCUGAAAUCAUGCUGGAGGGAAAUCAGUUUCGAACUGACCAGGAGAUUACAAUUGCUUCGGAAAAGUUGGCCGAGUGCCAAGAGACUAUUUUAAACUUGGGAAAGAAGUUGAAGGCAUUGGCAUCUCCGAAGGAAGCAGCCCUUUUCGAGAACGUUAUCUCCGCUAAAACCGAGACCAUAACUCCGAUGACUUUAAUGACUAUUCCAACUCCACCAAGGAAGAAGUUGAUUAGUCGAAGACCCUCUCUAUUAGAUCAGAUGAUAAUUGAAGAUCAGGCCAAAGUAAAAGGCAAUCCCAGUUCUUUCAUCUCUAGGGCGGCGCUAUUGCUAUCGCCUACGGACGGUACCCUCAUUUUAGAUGGAAAUAAACAACAUGAAGAAAACGCAACGGUUAAAUCUUUAGCAAUUGUCCCUAGCAGAAAACAAGGUGGGAGUUUAUGGAAAAAGCUUUUCCGGAGAAAGGGCUUUGGAUGCUGAGGAGUUGAACUAUCAAUCUCAUGAAUCAAUUGGAUGGUACGAACACGACACAUCCGAGACCGACCCGAAACUUGGAUCAAUGUGUUAUAGUUUGACAAGGGAAUUUAUACAUAAUGGGUCUGUCUUGUAAUGCCUAAACCCAGUGAGGUAUUUUGGAAAAUGCAAAUGGAGUGAUAUUACUAAAAAGUUGAAGGCCAUUUGUGGUUUGUUUAAGG